AACCUCACCACCGGGACCAUUCCUUGAAAUAAAUUUGAAAUGGAUUUACCAAGCAAAGAAGGCUCGCUCAACGAGUAUCAAGUCACGAAAAGAUGGUAUCACUACGUGACAGUGGAGCCUACUAUGUUUUUCUAUAUGAUGGCGUUUAUGAUAACAAACGUGGUAGAACAAACUUUCUACAUUUUCAAGGCGUGUACAGUAAAUCAUGGAUACAGUCCUGAAGUCUGUUACAACAUUACCAGCAAUACAACGAUUAACACAGAAGUUCAGGUCACAGUGACAUCUUUCCUACAGUGGUUUGGUAUAUCCAGUCAUAUAGUACCAUGCUUCUUGGCCUUCUUUCUCGGUUCGUACAGCGACAAACGUGGCCGAAAGGUCAUACUGCUCGCAGGUCUUCUUGGAAAACUCUAUUUCUCCAUAGUACUUACUUUGAAUACAAUUUACGAUUGGCCUUUGGAGUACGUAAUAUAUACAGCAGCGUUCCCUAGUGCGUUGACGGGCGCAGAUUUAGCUAUAUUCGCCGGGUGCUUUUCAUACAUCGCCGACGUCUCGUCACUGAAAAACAGGACAUUCAGAAUAGGUAUAUUAGACGUGGCCUACCUUAGCACCAUGCCCGCAGGUGUCGCUAUAGGGAACGUGUUAUACAACCAUGUGGUAAACAAGUCAUUCACAGCAAUGUUUUUGAUCAACACCUCUUUAAUGGUCGUGGCUACCUUAUGCUGUAUUUUGUUCCUAAAGUGGCAGACAAGACCUGAACAGAAAUCUUUAAGAGAAGCUGGUGCCACUAAUCCAUUGACGGAUUUCUUGGAUAUAAAUAAUAUGAAACAAACUUUACGUACUUUAUCGAAGCCACGUGCUAAUCACAGGAGACUGUUCUUAUGGUUCCUCCUUAUAUCUAUGGCGUUUUAUACGUUCCAAAGAGACGAGCGUUCAGUGAUGUACUUAUACACUAUGACAGUAUUCCAAUGGGACAACACAGCCUUUAGCCACUUCAGGACGUACUUAAGCACAGCCUAUGUAAUAGUCAUGCUUUUUGGAAUUCCCUUCAUGACUAAAGUGCUCAAUUGGAAAGAUACAAUAAUAGUAAUGCUGGGUGCUGUAUCUCAUAUGACGGGACACUUUAUCUACGCGCACGCAACCUCAGGCAAGCUUAUGUACGUGGGCGGAACAUUCGCGGCACUCGGCCCUUGUGUAGCGCCUCUUAUAAGAUCUAUGACUUCAAAAGUAUUAGCGCCCUCAGAAAGAGGAGUGGCGUACGCUUUCUUGUCGGUAAUGGAAAACGCUGUGGCGAUGUUCGCAUCUGUAGUCUACUCGCAACUUUAUAGGGCAACUCUAGAAACUGACUAUCUGAAUGCCAUAUUUUACCUCACAAUGGGCACGCAGGUCAUCGUUUUUAUUUGUGCAUU